AUUGGGGAAGAGAGAAAAAUUGUGAACCUUGUGCGAACUUAUUGAGGAAGGAAGGGAAGUGAUCUAGAAGUCUGUAGAUAACAAUUCACAGAUUUUGGUUGGAUGUUAGAUAUCAUUGCAUGAACCUCAAAGGAAAAGAGGUUACUAAUUGAUGAAGGCACCUGGGAAAACAGAAGUGGUGAUAGGGAGCAAACAAGGAGUAUUCUCAAUUCCCUUGCCUCAAUGCUAAGGAGAAUGAUUGAAAGUGUAAUCAAUGAUGGAAAGGGUGACCAGGGAGGCUGUAGUGUUGUAGGAAGCCAGGUUUCAAUAAGAGCUGAUAGAUGGAAGAAAUGGGAGAAAAGAUUUUAGAUGAAGGGAAGUUUGUUGCCUAUGGAACAGAAUUCCAGAGAGGAGAAUGGAAUGGGGUAGAUCAGACAAGAAAUGGCACAGAAGCAGAUGGAAGUUGAACCUGAACAGCAGGAAACAGGCAGCUUUGGCUGGAGGCACUACCAUGAUUAUUGAUUUCGCCAUACCUCAGAAAGGCUGCUCCCUCAUUGAGGCCUUUGACAAGUGGAGAAGCUGGGCAGAUCCCAAAGUCUGCUGUGACUAUGCACUUCAUGUUGCAGUUACAUGGUGGAGUGACCAGGUCAAAGAAGAAAUGAAAAUUCUAACACAAAAUAAAGGGAUUAACUCUUUUAAGAUGUUUAUGGCUUAUAAAGACCUGUACAUGGUUAGAGAUGAAGAGCUGUAUGCAGCUUUUUCUCAGUGCAAGGAAAUUGGAGCAAUUGCUCAAGUCCACGCUGAGAAUGGAGACUUGAUUGCUGAGGGGGCAAAGAAGAUGUUGGCUUUGGGAAUAACAGGUCCUGAGGGCCACGAGCUGUGCCGUCCAGAAGCUGUAGAGGCAGAAGCCACUCUGAGAGCCAUCACCAUAGCUAAUGCUGUAAACUGUCCACUCUAUGUUGUGCAUGUGAUGAGCAAGUCUUCAGCUAAGAUAAUAGCUGAUGCGAGGAGAGAAGGAAAGGUGGUCUUUGGGGAACCUAUAGCCGCUGGUCUUGGAACAGAUGGGACUCACUAUUGGAAUAAAGAAUGGCAUCAUGCUGCCCACCAUGUCAUGGGACCCCCGCUAAGACCAGAUCCUUCAACUCCUGAUUUCCUUAUGAAUCUACUGGCUAAUGAUGAUCUUACCACAACUGGGACAGACCACUGCACUUUCAACACCUGCCAGAAAGCACUUGGGAAGGAUGAUUUCACCAAGAUCCCUAAUGGGGUCAAUGGAGUUGAGGAUCGAAUGUCAAUCAUAUGGGAAAAGGGUGUGCAUAGUGGCAAAAUGGAUGAAAACCGAUUUGUUGCUGUUACCAGCUCUAAUGCUGCUAAAAUCUUUAAUCUCUACCCAAGGAAAGGAAUAAUUGCCAUAGGAUCUGAUGCUGACAUUGUUAUUUGGGACCCAAAAGCAACAAGGACUAUUUCUGCAAAAACUCAUCAUCAAGCUGUUAACUUCAAUAUAUUUGAGGGAAUGGUCUGUCAUGGGGUACCACUUGUGACUAUUUCAAGAGGCAAGGUGGUAUACGAAGCUGGAAAUUUUAAUGUCAGUGCAGGAGAUGGAAAAUAUAUUCAUCGGAAACCAUUUGCUGAAUAUGUUUACAAAAGAAUCAAACAGAGAGAUCAGACUUGCAUACCUGUCCCUGUGGAGCGACUCCCUUACAAAGAGGAAGUGAUUUUGUUAAAGGCCAGUGGAAAAAAAGAAGCUUCAGCACCUGUAACCAGGAAACAGGCCUAUCACUAAGGCUUUGUUUUAGCACUCUCAGGUUAAAAAAAAAGCCAGAGAAAAUGGACCCAGAAUACCAUACCUUCAGCUGAUAAGCCAUGGUCUUAUCUAGAAACAUACAGCUAAUAUCACCACCCAAGGAUUUUCUUGAAAGAAUAAUUGCAACGGAACUUUUGUUCUCUCAGAAGUAAAGAUUGCUAGAAUUUUAUGCAGAAUCAAAUUAUAGGCAUAAAUGAAGAUGAUGAUUUUGGAAAUUUCUGUAUCAAAGUUAGCCAGGAAUCAUUUGGAAUAGUGUUAUUACUUGUAUCAAACAUUUUAAUUUUAUGAAUAGAAGUUAUGUCAUAUUCAGGAUAUAUCUGCCAUUAAAGCUACUUUCAUUAUAAGUAAUAAAAAUUUUUAGAUCCUCAUUAGCUCUUUAAAGCAUCCUUUCCCUGUAACAAAUUACAUUUUUCCCCCUUGAUCCUAGAGGAGCUAGAAUUCAGCAGAAUGAUAUCUCAAAUGUAAACUACCUUCUCCACAAUUAUUAAAUAUAUUCUGCUAUAUUUUCCCAUGAAAUUAGAAAAUUCUUAAUCUUGGGAUGACUUGAGAACUAUGUAAAGGAAUGAGAGAUAGAAUAGCCUCAUUGCCAUAAACAUAGCUCACCCUGGAGAUUGGUAAGCCUGAAUUCAGGUCCUGUUUAUUAUAAAUGAAAGCUUUGUAAUCAUAGAGCAAGUUAUUUAACUCCUUAGUGUCAGGCAAUAAUCUAAACUAUAAUUUAACAGAGUACUUGCCUAUCGAUUUCAGUUGACUUUCCAUUCUCUAAAUUCCCUGAUUUGAUGAAAUUGCACAUCAAAGAGCAGAAAAAAAAUCAGGAAAAUUAGGAAAAAACAGCAUUUGAAAAAAUUAAAUUCAAUUUGCACUG